AUGCACUCGCAGUCUUAUCAAAGCGGAUACUACCCCAAGAGAUCAUCCUCGCAAACAUCGUCCACCUCCACGUCAUCGCGGAGUAGCCAGCACUCAAACGAAAAGAAACACUCUCGUCACUCUUCCAACCCACUGACAUCGAAAUUGUUCCGGACGAAAUCCAUAUCUUCCAAUCCUAUCGAGAUUCCCAUGACCGACCUUCGUCAGUGCUCUUCAAGCAUGUCUCAGCCUCGCGACAUCCCCAAAAGCACCCCUGGCUACUUUGACCAGCACUAUCGCUCCAAUAGCUCAGUCGAUAUGUCCCUCGAGAGUACACCUCGAUCUCCCAAAAUGGAGUACACCAGCAAGCGUGCGUCAAUUUCGACACGCAAGACCAGCGACGACUAUCGUCGCCUCAGCGGGACCAUCAACCACUGCGGUCGGCACUCGAAUGAUUGGCUUUUCGGUGGCUUCAGUGUGAGGGAGACUGUUGCUAAUGGCCUCGAGAAGCUGCGUCACAACGACAAGGAGGGCUGA